AAUGACGGGGACCGAGAUACGCGAUCUCGAUCGCGCGACUUCGGGACGAUGGAAUUGUUCGACCGCGUUCUCUCCUACUGUAUCGCUCUCAUCGAACGGCCGCUGCUUCGAGUCGUCCGAGACUUCGACCCGAGCGGCUGGUGCGAUUCGACGGGAACGGUGUCAGAGAGUCUGCGUUUCUUUCCGCAGAAUGACGAGGAGCUGGUGGACCCCUUCUGCGUGGAGGAGAACCCGCACAGGAUCACCUUCGAGGAUAUCACGUCGGCGGCGUUUAAGAUCAAGUGCGGGAUCGUUAACACACCGUGCGUGCGAUCGCGAUUGUCGGAAAUGACGGGGAUCGAUCUGUUUCUGAAGAAGGACUUCCUCCAAGCAACCGGAAGCUUCAAGGAACGCGGGGCGAGGUACGCUCUCGUGAUGCUCACGGACGAACAGAAGAAGGCCGGCGUGAUAUCAGCUUCGUUGGGCAACCACGCUCUCGCUUUAUGCUACCACGGAUGCAAAUUGGGGAUUCCGGUGACGGUGGUGAUGCCUAUCUUGGCGCCCAUCAUGAAAAUCGCGGCUUGUCGCCAAUACGGAGCCAACGUGAUCGUGGACGGCCGCGACAUGGGAGAGGCGAAGCGAAUCGCUCUUAAACAAGCUAAAGAGGCUGGACUGACGUAUAUAAAUGGCUACGAUCACCCAGACAUCAUGGCGGGUCAGGGAACCCUAGGAUUGGAGAUAGUGGAGCAAGUACCCGACAUCGACGCGCUGGUGAUCCCAGUGGGCGGCGGUGGUCUGAUCGCCGGCGUAGCUUUAGCCGCGAAGACUCUCCACCCUAACAUAACGAUCAUCGGUGUCGAGUCGGAGCGGUGCGCCAGUUUCACCAUGGCGAGAAAGGCGGAUCGGCCCGUGUACACCACCAUAGAGUCCACUUUGGCCGACGGCCUGGCGGUGCCUAUGGUGGGAUACAACGCUUUCGCCACGGCGAACCCGUUGAUCGACAAGCUGGUCGUGGUGAAGGAAGAAUGGAUCGCCAUCGCGAUUCUGAAGCUGAUCGAAAGCGAGAAGUGCGUCGUAGAGGGCGCUGGCGCGACCGGCCUGGCGGCCAUAUUGGCGGGGCAGCUGGACGAGCUGAAAGGGAAAAGGGUAGUGCUGCCACUUUGCGGAGGGAACAUAGACACUACCAUACUGGGCAGAUGUUUGGACAGAGGACUGGCCGCCGAAGGUCGCCUCGUGAAGUUCACGGUGACCGUUUCCGACCGACCCGGCGGGAUCUCGGAGUUGUGCAGGAUGCUGGCCAACGUUGGCGUCUCGAUAAAAGACGUUAUGCACGAGCGGGCGUGGAUCAUGUCGGACAUCUUCAGCGUGGAGGUGAAGGUGGUCUGCGAGACCAGGGACAAGGAGCACGCGGAUCAGCUGAGGAACAUGCUGCACCAGAAGUACCGGAAAGUAGUGUUCGGCACUACUUACAUGUCCACGUUACACGUUUAACAGUGGAUCUGGACGUCGAUGAUGCAAGGACCGAACCUAACGACGUGGAUCGCAAGGGGAAAAGUUUCGGAGCUCGUAUUUAAUCGUAAACUUAACAAUCCUGAUAUGGUUACGGACUCGAUUA